AUGAUAAGAUCAAAUAAUUAUGGACAAAUUAAUUGGCAUGAUGCUUACUCAAAAUAUAUUUUUGAAAAAAAAUAUUUAUAUUUUAAAGAAAAUAAUAAUUAUCCUAUAUCUAUUAAUAAUUUUUAUAAUAAUUUUGGCCUACCAAAUUCAAUUACACCAAGAUUUAAUUAUUUAACUACCACAUUAACACUUCCUUCUAAUAAUGAUGUAAUUAAAAGAAAUAAUAUACCACAAAGAAUAGAUACAAUUGGUGCUUCAGGUAAAAAUAGAUUUGGUCGUCCAUAUAUAUCAGGAAGGCCAUUACUUAAUUGUGAUAGAAAAAAAAUUGUUGAACUUUUUAAAGCUGGAGUUAAAAAAAUUGAUAUUGCUCGUUCAUUGGGUGUUACACAUAGUUGUAUAAGUAAAGUUAUUCGUAAAUAUUUAGAUACGGGAUCCUAUACUGGUAAAGAAACAAGAACAGCUUCAUGUGCUUGUCCUGGUGGUUCAAAUUAUCAUGAUGCAAAUAUUUGUAGAAAUUCAAAAUUUAGACUUGAAGAUAGUUUUCAAUCUAUUGGAAUAUCAAUAAGUCAAAAUAUUAAAAAUAUUAAAAGAUCUAAUGAAAUAACAAUUCAAUCUCAGAUUCCAAAAAAAAAAUGUUUUUUUUCUAUAGAAUAUAUUUUAAGUGAAGAAUGUGGAAGAACUCGUUAG